GUAGUUACAACAGUGUUAUGGGCUUUACGGCUGUUUUGGAGGCUGAUUCAAAAUGGAGUAAAGAUAAUCGCUGCGUAUUAGAGCAGCUGACCGUCAUAUAGCUUUCGAUUGAAGCGACGCUCUGCAGUAAAUCCUCCGUAAAGCCCUCACAAUGACGGAGGAGAACAAAUCGGGUUCGCUGGGCUUCUUUUCGAGUUAUGACGACCUGAGCGACAGCAGCGAAGACUCGGGGGAUGAGGCGGCCAGUCGGAGGAGGAAGCCCGCGGCAGAGGCUCCGGGAGACGCAGCGGGGUCCUCCCAGGCUGCGGGAAAGCGCCCUGCCAGCGGCGGCGGCGCUCUGCCCAGACCCGACGAGCUGUUCAGCUCCGUGUCCAAACCGGCCUUCCUUUACAACCCCCUAAACAAGCAGAUAGACUGGGACACGCUGACCGUCAAACCCCCAGAGGAGCCUGUCAAAGAAUUUAAGCCCUGGGAAACCAAAGCCGUUCCCCCUCCCGAGAGCUACACUGCCGAGCCGGAGAAGAAGAAGAAGAAGGGUCCUCCUCCAGGGACGGACAUGGCCAUAAAGUGGUCCAACGUGUACGAGGACAAUGGCGAAGACGCACCUGCUCACACCGGCAAAGCUCGAUUCUUACCUCCAGAGGAGCAACCCGCCGACUCUGACGAGGAAUCUGAUAAGUCAGCCACGUCUGCCAAGAAACGGCGAGUGGAGACCUUCCAGCAGAAGGAGAAGAGGAAGCGGGAGCUGGGACAAGCCACCUCUGACAAGACCUUUGUGGAGGAGGAGAAACGGAUCCUCCGGCAGAAUGCUGAAUGAAGUGCAGCUGCAUUUUCUUCAUGAUUUGAAGUGACCAGAGCAGGUCUCACAUGUCUGCAUUUUGGCCAGAAAGAAGUCAGUAAGCUGCAGACAGAAAGGGGAUUUUAUUAGGAUGCUAAAAUACUGUCAUUAUUUUAUUACAUUAAAAUUGUUUUAUCACUUAUAAUUAAUUUGUAAUUGUGUUUUAAUUUGUCAUUUCUUGUCCAAAGAUGUGAUGAUAUUGGUAAAUUAAAGCUUUAUGAAAUUCGCUCACAUAGUUUUGAUAGUGAGCAAAAAGCUUGAAACAAACUGCUGUUUGCGUACGCCGAGUUGCUUGAAUUUUUGUAUCUCGGCAGGUGGUAUGAUGAUGAAUGAAAGCCAUAUCAAACGCAAAUGUUUCAACUUUAUGGCUUCUAACUAGGAUUCCAGUUUAGUUUGUUGUUUGUAAGUUAACUGUUUGGAUCCGGUACCUGGUCUGUCUUUUUUUUUUUUUUUUUUCCCGCGCACCGAAUUUCUGCUUAAUUUCUUUGUGUUUGGACUCAAAUUCCUGCUAGAAGUGACUCUCCACUUGUUGAAAUGAUGAUUUGAAGAGACAUUUCUCCUUUUGGACACUAGGGGUCAGGCUUUACCCACUUUAGAACUCCUGUUUUUUUUGUUUUUUUUUGAUGAAGAUUGCUUUCAUGUUACAAUAAAAUCCUUGAUAAAAGGAGCACUCAACUUUAA